UUCCGGGAACGGCCCCCGGGAGGUCGGGGCGGUGGAGCGAGCCGGGAGGCGGGGCCGGGGCCGAGCUGGGGAGCCCGCACCUCCGGACCUCUGCCCGCUCCGCCGGCUCCGGCGGCCCCCAGGAGAGCGGGGCUGCGUGGGAAAACUAUGGCAGGAAUUCGGCUCGGGAGGGGUGCGGGUGGGGAGCGCCCUCGCCGUCCGAGCUGUGGAUGCCGCGGGCUGCCGGAGGUUAAACAUUAGCGACGCCCCGCAGGGGACCAGCCGGAGGAGCUGGGGCUCUGGACCGCCGCUUCCUGCGCCCCGCGUGGGCCCCCAAAUCCAGCUCUCUCGGCCUGCCCUGGACCGAGAUGUGGGGAAAGCUGUCUGCUGAUAACUCAGUCUGGAGAAAGCACUGUGUUCCUGCCUGUGGGGGGUGUAUGGUUUCCAGGUAACCCGCAGCACUCUUAUUUGGCUUUGUCUCCUGCCAUCCCAAUCUGGACGCAAGCUGUGGAGUUGAGUCAUGUUCAGCUACGCUCUGUGGAGAUACAGAGAAAAUUUCGAGUCUCUGGCACUGGUCCUCUUGUGAUUUCCUGUAAAAUCUUUCCGUUCUCGGAGAUUGGACAAGAGAUCUCAGGCCCUCUCUCAGCUCCUCUGCCUGCUGCCGUGGCCUUGGUGGCACCCUCCCUCAGUGGUCAGCCCGGGGCUUCCUCAGCCCAUGCAGUCCCCUGCUACCACUGCUGAGGGUCUCAGUGGCCCUCCCUUUGGGGCCUACCCACUCCCUACCUUCAAGUUCCAGCCUCGCUCUGAGAGUGUGGACUGGAGGCGCAUCAGCGCCCUGGAUGUGGACCGCGUGGCACGGGAGCUGGAUGUGGCCACCCUGCAGGAGAACAUCACGGGUGUCACCUUCUGCAAUUUGGACCGGGAGGCGUGCAGCCGCUGCGGGCAGCCCGUGGACCCGGUGCUGCUCAAGGUGCUGCGCUUGGCUCAGCUCACCAUCGAGUACCUACUGCACUGCCAGGAUUGCCUGAGCACUGGCAUUGCCCAGCUCGAGGCCCGGCUGCAGGCCAGCCUGGGGCAGCAGCAGCGAGGCCAGCAGGAGCUGGGUCGCCAGGCCGACGAGCUCAAGGGCGUGCGGGAGGAGAGCCGCCGGCGUCGCAAGAUGAUCGGCACCUUGCAGCAGCUGCUCCUGCAGACGGGGGUCCAUGGCUACCACACGUGCCACCUGUGUGACAAGACGUUCAUGAACGCCACCUUUCUCCGGGGCCAUAUCCAGCGCAGGCAUGCGGGCGUGGCAGAAGGUGGGAAGCAGAAGCAGCAGGAACAGCCAGUGGAGGAGAUACUGGAGGAGCUUCGGGCCAAACUAAAAUGGACCCAAGGGGAGCUGGAAGCCCAGAGGGAGGCCGAGAGGCACCGGCAGCUCCAGGAAGCAGAGAUUGCUCGUCAGAAGGAGAUAGAAGCUAAGAAAGAAUUUGAUGAAUGGAAAGAAAAAGAGCGAGCCACGCUAUAUGAGGAAAUAGACAAGCUAAAAAAAUUAUUUUGGGAUGAAUUUAAAAGUGUUGCCAACCAUAACUCAACUCUAGAAGAGAAACUGCAGGCAUUGCAGUCCCACAAUAUGAUGGAGUCCAACCUCGGGUCACUACGGGACGAGGAGUCUGAGGAGCGACUCAGGCAGACUCAGGAACUCCGGGCCCUGAAGGAGAUGAUGGAAAUGCAGAAAACAGAAUGGAAGAGAAAAAUGAAGGAACUGCAGGGAGAGCACGCAGCUCAGAAGCGAGAGCUGCAGGAGCAGAAUGAGAGGCUCCAGGCCUCCCUGUCUCAGGAUCAGAGGAAAGCAGCCGCCCAGGCCCAGCGCCAGAUCAGUGCUCUCCGUGCCCAGCUCCAGGAACAAGCCAGGCUCAUCACCUCCCAGGAAGAGAUGAUCCAGACCAUGUCUCUGAGGAAGGAGGAGGGGAUCCACAAGGGCCCGAAGGCUAUGGACACAGAGGAGGACUCUUCCGAGGAAGAGUUAGAGGACUCUGGAGACGGACAGCAGAAGGUGCUGGCAGCACUGAGGCGAAACCCCACCCUGCUGAUGCAGUUCAGGCCAAUCCUGGAGGACACCUUGGAAGAGAAGUUGGAAAGCAUGGGGAUAAAGAGAGAUGCAAAGGGAAUCCCCUUUCAAACUCUCAGACACCUCGAGUCCCUCCUGAGAGCCCACCGGGAGCAGAAGGCACGGAGGUUUUCUGAAUUUCUGAGUCUGAGGGAAAAGCUUGUCAAGGAAGCCACCAGUAGAGUGAAGCAGAGACAGAGACACAUGGCCCCGGCAUCCCAGUUGGACAGCAGGGCUCCAGUCAAAAGCCAGCAGAACCCACUGGCCAUUAAAGAGGCCCAGCCAAAGUCCAGGACGCUGCAUGUGGCAUUGCCAUCUAAGCCAGCAGAGCCGCCCACGACAACUCUUCAGAGCCGCAGCAGCCACGGUCCUGGCCUGGCUCCCGUGCCCACCCCUACUCCGCGCCCCAGAGCACGUGGACCCUCCGGCACCUCUGCUUCCUCAGGGCCCGGGCCAAGUACACCCCCAUUCAGUUCUGAAGAGGACUCAGAGGGAAAUUCUGUGCAGCGGACAUCUCUCCAGCCCCCACGAGGUCCUUCCAGGAUGGGGCCCCGGCCAGAGGACAACUGGGACUGGUCUGACACAGAGACGUCGGAGGGGAGUGCCCAGCCCCCUGAAAAAGGCUCAGGUGGGCUGGCUUCCUCAGGAACCCUGGUGCAGUCGCUGGUCAAAAACCUUGAGAAACAGCUGGAGGCUCCAGUGAAGAAGCCUGCUGGAGGGGUCAAUCUGUUCUUAAUGCCCAGCGCCGGCCCACAGAAGGCUGCCGUGCCAGGAAGGAAGCCCCAGCUUUCAGAUGAUGAGACUGACUUGGAGAUCUCUUCCUUGGAAGAUCUCCCCCAGGACCUGGGCCAGAGAGAAGAACUGAAGCCCCUGUCUCGCUCAAAGCCGCCGGAGAAGUUUGGCACCAGCCCUUGGAGCCCUGGCCGACCCAGGGUCCCUGGCUGGUGAUCCCACCCCAGAACCUGGCUGGGGCCAGCUCAGGGUGCCCUCCGCCCUCCCCCCC